AUGGCCACCGCCCAGCCCCUGCCCACUGGCAUCCACGCCAGGGCCAAGGAAGGGCUGUGCUCAGCUGCAGAAGUUCCGCACCCGCAGACGGGAAACGGCUUGUUCUGGGCCCCGACCUCGUGGGAGCUGUCCCAACUCACCAGCCUUUCGUCCCCAGGGGCCACCAAAGACAUGGGGAAGAUGCUUGGGGGUGAUGAGGAGAAGGACCCAGAUGCGGCCAAGAAGGAGGAGGAGCGUCAGGAGGCUCUGCGGCAGGAGGAGGAGGAGCGCAAGGCCAAGUACGCAAAGAUGGAGGCCGAGCGCGAGGUCAUGCGACAGGGUAUCCGCGACAAGUAUGGCAUCAAGAAGAAGGAGGAGCGUGAGGCCGAGGCCCAGGCCGCCAUGGAGGCCAACUCGGAGGGCAGCCUGACACGGCCCAAGAAGGCCAUCCCGCCGGGCUGCGGGGACGAGCCAGAGGAGGAGGACGAGAGCAUCCUGGACACGGUCAUCAAGUACCUGCCAGGGCCGCUCCAGGACAUGUUCAGGAAGUAA